AUGGAAAACUUUGGCUACAAGGAGGGCUCGUCGAAGCCGACGCGGCGCCUCACGGCCAAGUCGAUGAAGCGCCGCAACUCCCAGAUUCCCAUCAAACCAAGGUUUUCCAUCUCGCCCGAGCUGAGCGUGCACUGGAUGAACGAUCAGGAAGCGAUGGUGACGGAGGAUUUCGAGUACAUGAAGAUUGGUCCAUCACCGCCGGCCGAGAGUGCACCGAUCAUCUUCGACAGCUACGAAGAGUCGAGCCCGGAGUUUGGCAUUGAGCUGUCGAGUGAUUCGAUCCGUACCGCGCUAAUCGAGCAGCUGCGGCUUGCGUCCGGCCGGGUACAUCUGCUGGACAGUAUCGAGCAGGGCAACAUGGUUGCGUCGAACGUGAACGAUUUCUUCGGUGGCGCGAGCAAAACCGAGAAGAACAUCUGCUUUCUGUGGGCAGCGUUUGCGAAGCGUUGGGAUCUGCUGGACGCGUUCAUGGAGCACGGAUCGGAGCUAGCGUUUCACGACACGAACGGCUUUACUGCGCUGCAUCUGAGUGCGUUCAGCGGCUGCCUGAACUGUGCGAGUGUGCUCGUGGCGAAGGGUAUCGACGUUAAUCUGCAGCCGAAAGCGUACACACCGCUCCAGUGCGCGGCGUUCGGUAAUGCGGCGCAUACCGCCCUGUUUCUGCUUAGCAAGGGUGCACGGUUGGACCUGUGCACGAGGCGGCCGGGCGGUGAAGAAACGCUGCUACACUGUGCCGUCCGGGCGAAUGCGCUCGACUGUGUGCGACUGUUCAUCGCCGAAGGGAUGGACGUGAACUCGAUCAAACCGAGCGGCAUGAAUGCGAUCCAUCUCGCUGCCGACCUGGGACACGUGGAUUGUUUGCGCGUGCUGCUAGCCGCACCGGGAGCCGACCCGAACAUACGCAUCGGCAUACGGGAGAAAGAGUCGACCGCGUUGCACCUGGCAGCAGACGAAGGUAAUGCGGCGUGCGUAGCGCUGCUGCUCGAGCAAGGAGCGGAAGCGCGGCUAAAAAACCAUCGUGGAUUCACUCCGCUGCAUCUAGCGUCACGCACGUCCAGCUUGGAGUGUGUGGAUUUGCUGCUGCGCGCUGGCAGUGCGGACCCGAACGAGGAAGACUUUGAUAUGCGCACACCGCUGCACACGGCGAUCGGGCGGUCGGAGUCGGCGUUUCACAUCAUCGAGACGCUCAUCUGCUGGGGAGCGGACGUGAACAAGAAGGAUGUGUUUGGGUUUACGCCGCUACAUCUGGCCGCGCUGGACGGGCUGGCACACUGCGUCGAGAUACUGCUGUUUUACGAUGCGGACGUGACGGCUAAAACGAAGAAAGGCACCACCGCACUGAACGUGAUCACGCGCAAAACUCCCGGCUCGUUGGCGAUGAUAACGCAAAAGUUUGACGAUGCGAUGACACUGAUCCAUUCGCAGAAUCCGUCCGAGAAGGAGGUGGAGCUGGAGCUGGACUUUCGUACGAUUCUGCAGCACUGCUAUCCGCGGGAGAUAAGCUACCUGAAUACGCUGGUCGACGAGGGUCAGAAGGAGAUGCUGCAGCAUCCGCUCUGCUCCGCGUUCAUCUACAUUAAGUGGGGCAAGAUCCGGAAGUACUACAUCGCACGGUUGCUGUUCUGCUUCAUUUUUAUCCUGUUUCUAACGCUGUACGUGCUGACGGCGCUCGCCCACAACUGCUACAACGGUAGCAAGGAUAUGGAGGAAACGAUCCAGGAGCAGGAGCUCUGCCAGAAGCAAUCCAUCCUCGGCAACAUGUUGCGCCGGAACCCGUUCGUGAUGGAGAUGCAGUGGUUGGUGCUGGUGGCGAUCACGUUCGUGGAGAUCUGCCGCAAGCUGUACGGUAUAACGGGCUACUCGUCGAUACGGAGGUACGUGACGCAAAUGGAAAACAUUACCGAGUGGUUCAUCAUCGUGAGCGUGUUCGUCAUCUCGUACAUCUACACGAAGCGAACGUACACGUGGCAGAACCAUAUCGGUGCGUUUGCGGUACUGCUCGGGUGGACCCAUCUGAUGGUGAUGAUCGGGCAGCUGCCAGUGUUCGGUGCGUACGUCGCAAUGUACACCAAGGUGCAGGUGGAGUUUGCGAAGCUUUUCAUCGCGUACUCGUGCAUGCUGGUCGGGUUCACGAUCAGCUUCUGCGUCAUCUUUCCUUCCUCGUCGUCGUUUGAGAAUCCGUUCAUGGGGUUCAUCACCGUGCUGGUGAUGAUGGUGGGCGAGCUGGAUCUCGAGCUGCUGAUCAACGAUCCGGACGGGAAGGAUCCACCGUUUAUGUUGGAGCUGAGCGCACAGAUUACGUUCGUACUAUUUCUGCUCUUUGUCACGGUGAUCCUGAUGAACCUGCUGGUCGGUAUUGCGGUAGACGACAUACAGGCGCUUAAGAAGACGGCCACCCUUUCGAAGCUGGUCGGCCAAACGAAGCUCAUCUCGUACAUCGAGUCAGCACUGUUUAACGGUUGGUUGCCGAACUGGUUGCGCAGCUUGCUCCACUAUACGGCGCUCGUUUCGCCCCGUGCCUAUCGUGUGAUACUGAGCGUGAAGCCACUCAACCCGGAAGAGAAGCGUCUACCGCGCAACAUCAUGAUGGCGGCGUACGAAAUAGCGAAAGAAAAGGAACAACAGCUGGCGGCGGUUGGUGAUCCAACGAUUGUACCGGGCGGGACGGACGGUGCGGCACCACAGCCGGCCGAAGGUGUUGCAGCAAGUGCGGAAGGUGCGGAAAGCAUUGUGCCGCGGACGUCCGAAACGCUGGACGCCAUCGCUACCAAGCUCGACCAAAGCACGGAAAAGAUGAACGAUGUUACGCGCGAACUACAGGAGCUGCGGGCAGUGCUCAAACAAAAUCAGCAGCUGAUCGAUGAGAUUGCGCGGCAGGUGUGCAACACGCCGAAGGAAUAG